UCAUCCCGGUUUUUUUCCCCCUCACUCGCUUCCCGCACGCGAGCUUUUUAAGCGUUGCGCGAGACACAAACCGUUACAGCGCGCGCAGGCUGGAGGGCAUCAACAUCUACCAGCUGAGAAAAACAGCUUCAUUCACACAGCUUUACAUUCAGGUCCACGAAGCUAUCUCAGCUCCAUCAUGACGGAGCGCUUCAACUGCUUCUACUGCAGAGAAGACCUGCACGGCAAGAAGUACAUCCAGAAGGACGAUAAGCAUGUGUGUCCCCGAUGCUUUGACAAGCUGUGUGCCAACACCUGUGCAGAAUGCCGACGACCCAUUGGAGUUGAUGCUAAGGAGCUGACCCAUAAGAACCGCCACUGGCAUGAGGGCUGUUUCCGCUGUGCCAAGUGCUACAAGCCGCUGGCCAACGAGCCUUUUGCAGCCAGAGACGAUGGCAAGGUCAUGUGCGGGAAGUGCGGUGCCCAUGAGGAUGGUGCCCGCUGCCAGGGCUGCUACAAAGUCAUCAUGCCUGGGUCCCAAAAUGUGGAGUACAAGCAUAAGGUGUGGCACGAGGAGUGCUUCAUCUGCUUUGAGUGCAAGCAGCCAAUCCGCUCUCAGAGCUUCCUGACCAAGGGGGACGAAUUCUACUGCACUGCUUGCCAUGAGAAGAAGUUUGCCAAGAACUGUGCCCGCUGCAAGGAGCCGAUUACCUCUGGUGGGAUCAGCUAUCAGGAUAAACCCUGGCACUCUGAAUGCUUUGUAUGCAACAGCUGCAAGAAGCCCCUGGCUGGUGCUCGCUUCACUGCUCAUGAGGAUGACUUCUUCUGCGUGGACUGCUACAAGACCUCUGUGGCCAAGAAGUGCUCUGGAUGUAACAACCCUAUCACUGGAUUUGGCAGAGGGACUAAUGUGGUGAACUACGAGGACCACACUUGGCACGAUUACUGCUUUAACUGCAAGAAGUGCUCUUUGUCCCUGGCCCACAAGCGCUUCGUCAUGCAUGAACAGAACAUCUACUGCUCUGACUGUGCCAAAAAGCUGUGAGACUACAGAUGCUCUUUUAAAUAUUUCAUUUUAAGGAAAGGUUUCAUUAAACAAACUAAAAAAAAAAGUGAAUGGAAAAGAAAGUCCCGCUUGGCUAAAAGAAUGAUUUUAGUGAUGAAGAAUUGAGAAGUAUUUUUCUAGUAAGUGGUGUGUAAUCUGUAAUAAAUCCACAUUUAUUUUCAGUUAGCCGUAAUUUCACAGCAUAAGAUUUUCUCUGGCGAGCAGUAAUACUGAAAUAAUAUUUUAGAUUAUAUAUGGAACAAUGCUAAGGCAGGUAAAGUUAAGGCAUUUAUUUUCAUGGAGAUUCAAGGAAAAUUGUUUCAUGUUGCUUUGUGAAAAUGUACUUUUUCUGUUUAACAUAAUUAACACACCUGAGUAUUAUGUUUAUGGAAUUAUGUCGUGUGACACAUUUAACAUAAAUCAUUUGGCAUGCAGCAAUAUUAGUAUAUAUUUUAUUCAUGACAUUUUGGGUGACGCAACAAGGAAUCUGAACAAUAAAUUUCAAGCUUCAACUAAA